AGCCCCACCUCCCCCGGCCGUGCUGCGUUCGCCGCCAUCAUGAGCCGCAUUUACGACCAGGGCGCCCUGAGCACCAAGGCUGUGCACACGGAGCGCCUGCGCUGCCGCUGGGACCCCGCCUCCUGGCAGCGUGGUGACGGUGUGAUUGUGGAGGGGCAGCUCUUGGAUGUGUCUCGCCAUCUCAUCUUGGAUGAUGCUGACAAAAAGGAGCGCUACUUCGUGCUAUACAUCAGGCCAAGGCUUGUUCAUCGCCGCAAAUUUGACUCCAAGGGGAAGGAGGUGGAGCCCAACUUCAGCGAAACCCGGAAGGUCAAUACUGGCUUCCUCAUGGCAUCCUACAAGGUGGAGGCCAAGGGCGAGACCGACAGGCUGACCCCAGAAGAGCUGGAGUGCCUGGUGACCAAGCCAGAGUUAGUGAAGGUGACGCAGCCCUACACACCCAGCCAGGCUGUGGCCUUCUGGCUGCCUGAGAGUGAGAUGGAGAAGAUGGAGCUGGAGGUGGGGAUGGAGAUCCGCCUGAGGACUCUGGGAGAUGGACCCUUUGUCUUCUCCUUAGCCAAGCUGGAUGUGGGGACAGUGACCAAGUGCAAUUUUGCUGGUGACCAGCAGGCUGGGGCCUCCUGGACAGACAACAUCUUGGCUUUCAAGGAUCAUGGGGAGCCGUCCGAUGAGCCCCGGGGGCAUGGGGAUGGUGCAGAAGAUGCCGAAUGGGAUGACUGAGGCAAGAAGAACUCAGAGGACGCAAAUGACUCCCUGCAGCUCCUGGACUCUUCUCUAGUCUUCUGUUUCCAAAGCUUCUGGGGAAGGAGGGGGACGUUCGGGGGUGGGGAGGGAGUGGUGUGUGAUCUCUCAGCAGGGCUGGGAUUCCUGCAGCCUUCCUGAAUCUCUUUCUGGGUGCCUGAGGGUGGCAGAUCAGAAUAUUUUUCUUUUAAACGUUGUCCCAGGCUAGUUGUGGGCUCUUCUAUGGCAGGCACUGCCCCACCAUGCCUGCCCAGCCCCUGGAGCAAAAGCCUCAGCCCUUCAGCAGCACACCAAAAAUUACUGGUAGCAGUUUCAGGAAGACCAAAAAAAGUGAUGGCCGCCAGCCACUGAGUGCCACGCAGUGGGAGAACCACUGUGAGCAGCAGAGGUAGCUUGACCAGCCACAAGUGCGGAGGACAGGUUGGUCAGUGUCUCUGGCCACAGUGCUGAAAUAGGCUAUUGGAACAAGGAGGUUCCAUCUCUGAGUGCCAAAUGCUGUGGGCAAGCAGCAGGCAAUGGCUGUGUCACCAUAGCAGUUUGAAUGGCUAGUGGUAGCAACUGCAGAAGGCAGCCUGCUGGUCCGGUUCUGCCUCGUGUUCUCAUUUGGUGCCAUACGCCUUACCUUUCAGUGGACUGUUUCCUCCUCCUCAGAGCAGCAGCGGGAUUCACCAUCAUGUGCUGGUGAUCUGAGGGGCAGCCUAGGAUUUAGCUUCAUGGGGCUUUUAUUUGGUGCUUGGACGACGACACCUUCCUUCCUUCUGCUUCUCUCCCGUAUUCCUGCCCAUGCUCAGCCCACUCUUCUUUUAUUUAAAAAAACUUUUUUCUUCACUUUUACACUAUACUUUUGAAUUCAAACAUUAAUCAUAAUCAUCAACAUUUAUGACAGGCAUCCCCAAACUGCGGCCCUCCAGAUGUUUUGGCCUACAUCUCCCAUGAUCCCUAGUUAACAGGACCAGUGGUCGGGGAAGAUGGGAAUUGUAGUCCAAAACAUCUGGAGGGCCGAAGUUUGGGGAUGCCUGAUUUAGGAUUCCUUGAAUCCUUAGACUUCCCUUCACCCCUCCAUGGUUUCCAUUAUCAAACUUUUUCUGCUGCAUCAUAUAUUUUCUCUAUUUUUCUUAAAAUAGUCCAUUUUUACCUUAGUUUCUAAUACAUUACAAGCGUUAUUCAAAUUCUGCCAAAGUUUUUAGUUGUUUACAGUGUUCGCUUAAGUAAAUUGUAUUCCCCCCCAUUCUUUAUUAAAGUUUCUAUCUUCCUGAUUUCUGAUUUUCCCGGCCAUUUUCGCCAUUUCGGCGUAGUCCAUCAUCUUUAUCAACCAUUCGUCUCUGGUCGGGACUUCAUCUUCUUUCCAUCUCUGGGCCAGUAGUAUCCGCACUGCUGUUGUUGCAUACAUAAAUAAUUGCCCACUCUUCAAUCUGAUCCUUCUUGGCCAGCUGGAUAGAUUUGUCAUAUAUUGCACCAAUAGAUGGAACAUAACCCUUAUUGAUGUUGGCUGACCUGUUGCGUAAAUAACUUUUUUUUGUGUGUGAAACCAAUAAACAAAUUUAACAAAAUACAACUUGACGGUUGUUCCAUCAAUGCUGAAAACAUCCCAUAGAGCAUAAUAACGUAUCCAUUUCACACUAGAGAUUUACACAGGAUUGUGGUGGUCUUUGCGUUUGGUCAUCUCUCUGUAUGUACAAGGUGAAAGGUUGGUGGAGGUCUUUCCUUAAGUACACAGGAACAUCAUCAUCAUCAUCACUUUUAAUUUGUAUACCGCCUUUCUAUCAUACAAUACUCAAAGCGGUUUACAAGCUGAAGAAACAGAAUCUCAUGAAAUACAAAACAACCUUAUAGCAAUCUAAUGCAAUACAAAAAUAUGAUAAUAAAACAUAGCUUUAAAAUAAGCAAUCAAAUAAUGUAACGUUCAACAAUCAUUACAAUAGUAUAGAAUAAUAUCAGCAUAUGAAAAUUAAACAGAAACCCACUCUUAACAUUUACAAUAAAUAAUUUCAAAACAAUAAUCAAUAAAACAACAGCAAGCCACAGUGCAUAAAACAAUACAAUACAAAAAUAGAGACUGGAGGGCCGGAGGGGGCGAGGUGGAAAGAGGCCUUGCCUGAUGGAGUCUCUCCCCUCACAGUUCUUCCUCCAGGCACAGCUUCCUUAUGAGGAGUCCCAGGGCCGGAGGGGGCGAGGCAAGGCAGGUGGAAAGAGGCCUUGCCUGAUCAGUCUCUCCCCUCACAGUUCUUCCUCCAGGCACAGCCUUGCCUUACAUUGAGUCAAGCCCUUGGGUCCAUCUAGUUCAGUUUUGGUGGCACUGACUGGCAGCCACUCUCCAGAGUUUCAGGCAGGGGCAUUCCCAGUUCUACCUGGAGAUGCUGCCAGGGAUUGAACCUGGGACCUUCUGCAUGCAAAGCAGAUGUUCUACCACUGAGCUAUGGCCCCUUCCCUACUUCCUUCUGGAUGUUUCCAAAAGGUGGCCACAGGAUGCAAUCUCUUUGGGGGCAGCAGCAACUGGUGGUGGUGGUGGGGGAGUCCUAGUCAGUUGCCGUUUGGCAGGAGCUGGGAAAGGCCUGGCAGGAGAACCUCAGCUCUGCUCAAUUCUCUGUAUACAUUCUGUAAUAAAAUCUUUCAAUUUCUCCCCAGUCUGCCUGCCUCUUUCUGCAGAGGAGUGUGGGGAAAGUUUGUUUCCUUGGCCGUUUCUUGGCCACCUGCGACCACCCUCCAUCCUGAGCUAAAUAUCUCUCGGCCCAGAAAGACCACCAGGUGGUUGGAGGGGGGGGGAAGAUUUCCUAGACUCAGUUGCAUCAACAAGCUAAGCCCCUUGUUGGCUGUACACCCCCUAAUGGUGUAUUGUUGUGGAAAGGUUGAAUCAUGGCAACAUAGGCUAGGCUGGGGGGGGGGGCUAAAAAGUCAGCGUUCAUCCCUUAAUUUCCCCCUUCCUGGCCACAAUGCCUGUUUCCCCUCUUGUCAGGAGCAGGAUGUAUGCUCCUGAAUGCCUGCUGCUGGGAAUCGCAAAUGGGGAAAGCACUGCUCUUGGACUCAGGACCAGCUUGUGGGCUUCUUCUCUUUGGGGUAUUUGGUUGGCCACUAUGGGGAGAGGUUGCUGCACUAGAUGUGCCCCUUUUGGCCCAACCAAGCAGGUUCCUCUUAGGCUCCUUGACUGGGCAGGCUUUGGGAACAACCCCCUUUUUUCUUCCUUUGCUUCACUGGCCUGGUUUUGCCAGAAGGUGGCGCCUUUAGGAUAAGCUUUCAAAGCAAAGGAAGCCUUUGGAAGCGCAUCAAAUUCUGCCCUGGGUAUCUCUCUGCAAAGGGUGGUUGGAGUGAGGAACUCAUGCCAGGGCUUCUGCCUUCAUGUCUUCAGGACACGGGCAGUCAGAAGGGAGAGGAGAGGAUCUCCUGGUAGUUCUCUGGGGAGAUUUGUGUUUGAUUGGCAAAGGCUUUCUGACCCCUUCAACCAUUGCAACGUCAAAAAAGGCUCCCCCUCCCCCCAAAUGGACUGCUCCACAUAAAAGCUUAGGAGAAUAAACCUCUGCCUGGUGGCUGGAAGCUGAUCAUAUGAGUGUCAGGGCAAGUGUUACUGGGAUGUGUGUGUGUGUGUGUGUGUGGGGUUAAUGCCUUGGGGGGAUGUCUUUGGUUGUCAUGCAUUCACCUGACACCUGCAGCCAAGGGCACCUGUGGCAAGGCCUCUGAUUGAACUCUAAACAAACAGGCAGGUUCUCCUGGGAGCUCAGAUCCAUCCCAAGCGAUGCAGGGCUUUAGGGGUCAGAAAUCAGCACCUGGAAUUGUGCCUGGAAACAGCUGAAGCCAAUUUGGAUUUGUUUUGAAGCCAGUGCAGUGUAUUUCCAAGCAGCCAGUGGCAAUAAUCUGCCUGUGGUAUUUUGUACCAGCUAGCCUCUUCAAGGGGCAGCCCUGUAUGCCGCAAUUAAGCCUGUGUAUUGGUGUGGCAGCCCUCCCCUCAUAAUGCCACAAUCUCAAAAACAGCCUUUUGGCACUUCAAAGACAAGCUGUUUUAUUGUCACUUGUUUAUAAGGUGCUGCAAGAGACUUGUUUUUGCUGCAGCUGACAAGCAGAAUGCUGUGUCAGUGCAAACUCAAGGCGGAUUAAAUCAGGGUUGGUUGCCGCUGAGGACUAGUUCCCACAUGCCUGCUCCGCACUUCUUGACUGUAGCCACAAACACUGCCUGGCUUGGCUGACUCAUUGCCUUCCCUGUGCCUUGGCCAUGGUUCUCAGCAGGAAGAGGGUAGCCCAGAUGAGGCCUCUUGAAAGUGAUCUGUUGUGUCACUUGGGUGAGGCAAUUUCCUUCAGCGCAAAACAGCUGUGCACUAACUUCCACAAGCAUUAAAUAUGGGGAACUUUCUGGGAAAGCCCAAAGCUGGAAGGGGCCAGCUGGGGCGGAGUGUCUAGGGGAAAAGGGAAAGAGUCAUCAGAAGAGUCAUCACCGUUGGAAGGUCUCUAGGGCAACCUUCUGCCCAGGCCUCUGGACUUCACUCCCCUGAGGCUGCAGAGAGACUGUUUUUGAAGCUGAAGAUAAGUAUGGGGACGAUGCUCUGUCCCUUGGUCUUUUAAGUCUUAAAGAGGUAAAGGAGGAUGCUUGUGAGCUCUUUGAAACAAGGGACAGGAACACCAUGCCCAUGGGCUGUCCAGCAGCCCUCUCACUUUCUCAUCAGGCUUUGUCCCACCCUGAAAGAUCCCCCCAACUUUGCUUGCAAAGUCAAGGACUCAAAGAGGAGGAGGUGGCACAUCAGCUACUAAGGGGGGGGGAGCCAUAUAUAUAUUUAUAUUUAUCAUGUUACACAGCAUUGACACCCCAUCCCUUGAUCCAUGAGAAAAGUAAACACAAAACAAAGUGAGCGUCCCAAAUCUCUUCAAGUGGUGAGAGGCUUUAGGGUUGCCAGCACCAACCUCGGAUUAGGUUUCCUAGGAACCAAGGUCACCGGAGAAGGUAGUGUCUUGGUGAGAUACAGGUUUAUUUACACAUGUCUAUGCUGAGCAUGCGAUGGCCGGGCUCGCAGCAUUCCCACCCCCAACAGGUUUUGCUCCCCUGCUAGGUUACCAGGAUGGUCUCAAAGGCCUCAUUUUGGUUUCAGCAGAGAGGGAGAGAGAGUGUCAAGCCGCUGUGCCUUCCCAGUUCAAGCCAAGACUGGCCUCUGGCCAAUUGCUCUCCUAUGCUUAGGCUGAAGUGGCCUCCAGCCAGGUGAGGGGCGGAGGUGACAAGUGGUGGUGGGUGGGAACUGGUACAAAUUACCAGGGCUGGAGAUCUGGAAAGGGGAUCCAGGGCCCAACUAUCUUGCCUACCAUAUGUUUUAUGCUGGGUGUUUUUCUCCAGCUGGAGCUCACCUCCAACACCUCUCAGGUGGGUGCCAUUGCCAUUCUAAGAGAACAAGGGAAAAGUUCGUGAUGAGCUCCAGCACCUCUUUUUCUAGAAAAAUAGCACUGGCUUUAUGUAAUUCUUAACGAAGUAUAUAUUUCAUGAUUGAUGCACACAGAAUUCUGUAUAAUGGCUUGCAAACUUAGGCCGUGAACUAAGCACUUCUGAUUCUAUAUGAACAAUCACUGCUGUGCUUUGGCAGUAUGACCACAGUCUCAUUGUAUUAUGCCUAGUCUCGUUAGUAUGUUUUCCUUAAUGAACACUGUGCAAGUACAACAAAGUUAUUGUGUGAUACACAUUGUGGUGGGCUGCAAAUAAAAGUUAAACAUUUAAAGUGCAUGGCUGGUUAAGCAAUGAUUGUCUGACUGCUUAUGUUGUUGACAUCAUUAGGAUCUUAAUACUCUCAGCAAGUAUUAAUGUUAUUAUAUCUAUUAUUAACAUAAAAAUGAGAACACAUUUAUUGUAUAUCCCAUGUAAAUACCGUAUAUUCCGGCGUAUAAGAUGACGGCAUAUAAGACGACCCCCAACUUUUCCAGUUAAAAUAUAGAGUUUGGGAUAUACUCGCCAUAUAAGAAAUACGACCCGGCAUAUAAGAUGACCCCCGACUUUUGAGAAGAUUUUCCUGGGUUAAAAAGUAGUCUUAUACGCAGGAAUAUACAGUAUUUUUAGCCAAUCUGCCCUUGCUGGGGCGGGUUCAACUUUUUAUUUUUUUUACUACCGGUAUGGCCUGAACCUGCUCUCUGCAGUCCUAGCGCAGAGAGAGUCUGCCCCCUCCUUGUGGAAGCACCGCUAGGUAGUUGUUUCAGGCAACAAAACACCUAUGCUUGGCCAACUCUUCUGUCAUGUAAAAAAGAUGCUUAAGAGGCUUGGCUAGUGCUGUCAGCUUUUUAACAAAGAGACUAGUCUGACCACUUCAGAACUUCCUUCUACAGAAUCCCAUCUGACAGAUAUCAAGCCAC